AAGACGGUGUAUUGUAGUAUUUUGCACGUCUCCCGAGGCUGAGUCCAGAGGAAAUAAUUAGCAAGUGUUCAAAAGUUCUGUUACCUGCAGCCCAAAUGUUUCAGUAUUAUAGCAGUAUGGAUCUAUAACGGAUGUGAUUAGCCGAUACAUCAUCGUGCCCCUAUGCUGUCAAAUGGAAGUGGAUUCGUGCCACACCAGUGAAAAUGACCAAGCCGACGGCGCCGUCAGAUCUGUUAUAAGGCCAGGCAGUAUUGGUGGGCAAGCAAGUUUAAUCAAUUCAUUUAUGUUGAACAUGACUGAAGAGGACUACACACAACACUACUGGCCUAAGAUUCAGAAAGCUGUUGACCAGUCUCUGUCACCUAAUCGGUCAGCAAGCAUAUACUACGAAGAGGUCUACAGCUGUGUGUACAAGUGUGUAUGCAAGCAGUUUGCUGAGCGUCUGUACAACGACCUUAUGGUGCACAUAUGCAGCUACCUGGAGAGACUUUCCUGCAACCUAUCUCACAUUGAAAAUUCAGUCAACUAUAUCAAUAGUUUCCAUUCUGCAAUGAACCACUACACCAAGUGUCUCGAUGGAAUAGUGCCAAUAUUUAACUAUAUGAGUCGAUUUUACAUAGAGAGCAAAUUGCGGGUCAAUCUGAAACAGGAGUUGCUGAGAGCGUUCACGCACGAGGUCGGACAGAAGCACAUUCUCAGGCUGCUGGCUGUUAUACCAGACCUUCAGGCAAAGCCAUUUUCCAUCGCGCCGUCUACCAUGGCAAGUCUCGUGAAGAAUCUAUACACACUGCAGCCAGAGUUUGCGUCGUUGGCACCGGAGGUUUUCGCCAAGUUCAUUCCCAGGAUAAUGCCGCCUACAAGCUUGGCAGACCUGCCAACCCUGGUUCAGGAGACCCAGCAGAUGCAGCAUGACCUAGAACACAGACAGGGUUUCACUAGGUAUGAUCGGCAUUUAAAGAGGCAAGGAGAUGACGAUGUUCUACGGGGAAGUCAUCCGACAACUGACAACAACCACAAUUCUUCAUGACAAUCACUGAAUGCCAAGUAAAAGCUUCAGACCCCAAUAAUGCCAUCAUUCUUUCUUCGUUUUGUACAAAGUAAUGUGAAUAGGUGCAGCCGAGUAUAGGAAUCGCGCGCUAACUCGCAAAAUGUGCUCAAGUCGGUGUUAUUUGACUAAUAAGUGAACCAAGUUGCGGUGUUAUAUUGAGUAUGAUGAGUGGGGUACCUUGGAUCUGUAAUGUAAAUUUAAAAGCGUGACAGUGAUAUAAGUAAUUUAGACCGUGCCUUUGAUAGAUGGAAACCACGGUUUGAGUAAGACCUGCAGCUGUCCACACAUAGUGCAAUUUUACUAGUGCCUAGGUAGUGCUUUAUAUUAGUUUUGUAAUCAUAGCAUGAUAUGUAACUCAUGUGUAGGUGUAUGUGGUCAAUGAUAUGGUAACCCUUACCAUUCUUUGUAGAGAAUGAACAGUUUUUAGACGUAUCAAACAUCGUAUAUUUCUAUUUUCGUUGUAUUGUUGUAUCAAGGAAGGAAUGUGUUAACCAGAGCCCUGUUGUUAGAAACAUCAUAAGCAGUUAUAUCAGUGAGUAUGUGAGUAUGAAAUAGCAUAACUUUUAAAGUGAAAUGUCGUGUCAAAGUUGUGAUAUUUUAGACUUAUGAUAGUCAUAACAAUGUGUGGCGUUUCUGGCAACGGGCCCCAGUGUUAGUUAACUAAUUUUGACCAUUUCAGUAUGAAGAGUGAUAAAAUUAUAUUGGGUGGUAAGCUUCCAUGCUUGUAAAUAUGUAUGUUAUGAAAAUUUUUAGUGCUGCAUUGUGUUUCGUGAAGUUUAUGUGUCUCUAUGCUUGUAUCCAUAGUGCUAUUAUCGGGUAGAAUUUGAAGCUAUACUGAGUUUUCAGCUAAAAUGGUAUAGAUUAUCACUUGCAGUGAUGUAGCUGUAGCACAAAUCAGAGAGAAAGGUUAAGUACAGGUGCUGCUGGGCCAGUGCGGGGAUGCAAAAGUGU